AUGGACCAGACAGAUGAAUUGGUAUUGAUCAGUCAUGAAGCAAAAGAAUUUUAUGAUGAAAUUCGUGGACUAGUUGUUGUCUUUUUGCUAUUCACCAUCCUUUUCUUUAUUGCUCAUAUCACACUUCAGUAUUUUCUAACUAAAACGGAAUGUGAGCUAAAGCCAUAUCGAGGUGAACGUUUAGCUUACCAACUGGUCUUGGGUAUAUGUACAUUUACACUGACGAUAGGCCUGACUUCAUACAGCUUAUUGCCGUUCACCAUCAUCACCAAUGAGAUUCUAAUUAUUUUUCCUAAAUCUUAUUAUGUACAAUGGUUAAAUGGGGAGUUAAUACAAGACUUGAUAUUGCUUAUUAAUAUCGGGUGUAAAAUAUCUUAUUUAACCAUACCAUUUUCUUAUUUUCUGUUAAAUUCUCAAGGAUUUCUAUACAAAUCACAUUCCUUGACACCACGCUUGGUUUAUUCUUUCACAAUGGUUUUAUUCUUUUACAUUUUAUGUUUUGGUACGUCAUGGUCGCUAACCAGCUUUGUAUCAGCAUUGAAUUAUUAUUUUUUAUCAGAUGUGUUACCUACUAGUGAUAGCAACUCAUUUCUUACAUCCCAUUAUCAGACUUAUUUUUCUGUCAGUCCUACUCAUCACCUUGACUAUUAUGAAAAUCACCCAGUUUCACUUCUCCUGGAUUACGUGAAGUCUGUUGGCUGGAUAAGAUUUCUUCAGGACGUUUUCAUUCAGGUGAUAUUUAUGUCAGCCUUAGAAUUAAUUCAAAUGACAGCCUCUUUAUUAGGACUGUUAUUAUUAUUUAUUUGUACUCCAGUGGGUCUACUGUCUAUCGUCUUAAACCUAAUCACAAUCAGUAUACAUUCUUUACCGAAUUUAAUACCAAAGCAAACAUUGCAUAAUCGUAUUGAACAACUAAAUUUUGAAGCGUUAACCGUCAUGGAUGACAUUAAUUGUGUCCAACUUCUGUAUACUGCUGGCAAUAUGAUGAAUGAGGAAGAUAAUUUUUUGGUUCAUAAAUCAAUCUGUUUUCGGAAUUAUACCGAUGUCAAGUCAAAAGAAGAGUUAUUACUCAAGUACACAAAUGAGUUGGAUUUGUUGAACUUAGAAAUAUUACAGAUUAAACAACGUAUAAACGCACGUACGUUUUUGCGAUUUAUGCGCGAAUCUACACACUUACUUUUUUAUUUCUUCUGUUUAAUCUUGCUUUUUGUUCUGUUUCGCUUAUUGGAAUCGUUUGUGUUCUUCAAUAUCAUUGAUCUCUUAUGGAGUAUGGUUUUUGGCAGUUAUGGUAGUAAAGACAGCAGUAGUUAUUUGCUGGCAACGGAAAGCAAAGAUUAUUCAUCAUUUCCGGGUAAUUCUGCAGAUUACAGUUUUACACUUGGCUUAAAACCUGUUUCGUCACUUGGACAUAUUGGGGCUGCUUUCCAGGUCUGUCUGGUGCUGUUUCUUCUUGUAUUAAGUUUGUGGGGUUUUUACUCACUCCCAUGUGCUCGUUCUCUUCGACCGAGAUAUCACGCAACGAGUUUGGAUAUUAUGUUGGCGAACAUUUUGUUAUUCCUAAUGUUAAGUGCCGCACUUCCUCUGCAAACCAAUCUGCUAGGAUUAACCACACUCACCUUACCUAGUCCACUUAAAACAGAAGCUAUCAUGUUACCCACAUAUUCAGAAUGUUCAAGUCAUGUCUGCGAAUCUUCACAAAACCGAUUUAUUUGUGCUGAAAAUACGUCCAACUGUUCGAGCAAAAAAUCUAUCAGUUGGUGGACAAAACUGAUCAGUGGCACAUACUUCGAUUCAUUGAACUGGUUUAAUUUUAUCCAUAUAAUUAAUCCAUUUAGUUCUUCCUCUCCGAAUAAUCUAGAUGAGUUAACGGUACCCCGCCCGAUCCAAGCUAAAAAACAAUCGAUUUUCCGUCAGUUUAUUUCUCGUGCUUUCGGCUAUUCAUCUGUUUCGCCUAGUUAUGGGCUAGGCCUAGUCAUAUUAACGUAUAACAUUUGCUUCCUGGUUUCUUCAAUGUGGAUUGCUGGCCGACGAUUAAGAGAUGCUACGUUGUCAAUCAGUUUAGAUGUGGUAACGACGAUUCGGUGUUUGCAUCAGUUGGACAUCACAUCUAAACCUAGUUCACACUUAGAACGUACGGAAUGGCUAAAUGAACUGCCUUGUACCAACGGUUCAGAAGAACUUGAUCGACGUAUUUACUAG